AUGGCGGAGAGGAUGGCGGUAGUUCUACCGCAAGUUGUGUCUUCUGGGCAGAAUGGUUUCAUUAGGAAACGUCAGAUUGUGGAUGAUAUAUUAAUUGGGCAUGAGCUUAUACAUUACCUCAAGAACAAGCGAACGGGUAAGAAAGGCUUUACGGCAUUAAAGGUGGAUAUGGAGAAAGCCUAUGACAGGGUCGAGUGGCCUUUCUUACUGGCAGUUCUUGAAAAGUUGGGUUUUAACCAAGUUUGGGUUCGAUGGGUGCAGGAGUGUAUCUCCACGGCUUCCUUUUCGGUCAUGGUCAAUGGUAGCCCGUCCGGUUUCUUUCGGUCUACGAGAGGGCUUCGGCAGGGGGAUCCUUUAUCGCCUCUACUCUUUGUAAUCUGUACGGAAGGAUUAUCUACCUUGUUGCGUCAGGCUAUUGAUCGGAAGAGACUAGAAGGGGUUCGGGUGAGUCCCCGGACGCCCCGGAUAUCUCAUCUCCUUUUUGCGGAUGAUUCCUACCUAUUUUUGCGCGGGUCUCUUCAGGACUGCCACAACGUUAUGGCGGUACUCCAAGAUUACGAGGCUUUGAGUGGACAAAAGGUUAAUCUGGCUAAAUCAGCUGUCUGUUUUAGUCGGAACAUUGAUGGAGCUGAUCAAGAAGCCAUGGGGAGUUGCCUAGGGAUUGGCGCGAUUGAGGUCCAUGAUAAAUACUUGGGACUCCCUACGUUGGUGGCUAGAUCAAAGUCUGAUACCUUCCGUUUCUUGGAGGAAAAGUUGCUUGAGAGGAUUAAAGGGUGGAAACAGCGCCAUUUGUCGUGGGCGGCGAAGGAGACUCUCCUAAAAGCAGUGGCGGGGGCCUUGCCAGUUCAGGGGAUGUCGUGUUUUAAGUUACCUUUGACCCUUUGUCGGAGGAUGGAUAAGCAUAUGGCUAGAUUCUGUUGA